GGAAGGACCACCGAGUCCAAGCCCCGGCUCCGCGCAGCAGCACCCAAGCGCACACCCAUGUCCGAGCGGCGUCUCCAGCGCUCCCUGAACUCCAGCAGCUCGGGGCCGUGCCCACUGCCCCGGGGAGCUGUACCGUCAGGGCACAGCCCUUCUCUCACUCCCCCUCCCCGACCCUCCCCUGACGCAGCCCCGUGCCAUUCCCUCGGGUGCUGGGAGGAAGCAGCAAGGUCACAGCAGGCUCCAUCCCACCCCGAGCGCCCAACCCGCACAGGGCCGGCGCGGGGGAACGGGGGGCGGGCCCGGAAACACGCGCCCCGAGGGGGCGGGGCGAAGGCUGUCACUUCCGGCUCGGCGCGUCCCGGUGCGGCCAGCAUGGCCUGACAUGUAAGCUGAGCAAGACAAAGAGCCUUUCAUAGUUCCAGACCUUCAAGGACCUGAAAGGAAGACAAACCAUCGACUCUGCUGAGACUCAGUAGACUGACAGUUUGGUUUCCAGAAUGUUUUAUGACUGUGAGGACACUGAGGAGAGUGAUAUAUAUGAAGAUGAGCUUUACCGUGAGGAGUCAUCCCCUGAGCAAAGCAUUGAUAGCGAGGUGGAAUUUCAUCUCUACAGUCAGGUCCACUAUUCCCAAAAUCUUGCCGAAGUCAGCUCACUGGAGGUGACUGAAGAAGCUGAUGUUGCAGGGUUCACGGAUCAGAGUUCAGUGCUAACUGUGACACCACCCGAAGAUGAGAAUAUUGUUGAACUGCCUGACUGUGAUGGUCAGGUUUCUGAUGACCCUGAGAUCAUUGUCUUGUCCGAUACACCAGAGGAAGAUAGUGUUUACAAAAGCAAAGCACAAAAGUCAACAAGCUCCUUAGCUGAAGGUAAAAUAUGUAUCCAUGGAUCUUCUAUAGCAAACCAUGCCAAAGCCACUGAACGUAAUGCUCUGUAUCCUGCUGGAUCAGACACAAAAGUUUCAAGGCAAGGUCGUAGUGGGAAACUUACCUCCGUUGGCCCCGAAACUCUCACCGUCCAAGAGGUGAUGGUCAUAGAUGAUAGCUCAAAUGACGAGGAGGAGAGCAUGAUAUCUGAAAGUGAUAAUGUUGAGAGCUGGAUGCUUUUGGGAUGCAGUGCAGACGACAAAGAUGAAGAUAUAAUGUUGAACCUUGAAGGCUGUGGAGCUCCCAUCGGGGAAGCAUAUGUCAUUGUUGGAAGAGUAAAUAGGAAUAAACAACAUGAAGGAGACACUGAUGUGGACUGGUCCAUCAGUAAUAAAGACCUAGAGGCACAGAUCUGUAACUAUGCAAGUGUGAGGCGAACAAGUGUUCGGUACUACACAGCGGACAAAAAUGUUACCUGCAGAAAUUGCGGCCGGCCAGGACACUUGUCCAAAAACUGUCCUGUUCCAAAGAAAACUCCCCCUUGUUGCCUGUGUGCAGAAAGAGGUCAUCUACAAAACAGUUGUCCAGCACGGUUUUGUUUGAACUGCUGUUUGCCUGGCCACUAUUUUAGGGAAUGUCUUGAGAGAUCCUACUGGAAUAAGCACUGCAGUCGCUGUGAUAUGAAGGGGCAUUAUGCUGAUGCUUGCCCAGAAAUAUGGAGGCAGUAUCACCUAACAACGAAUCCUGGGCCAAUCAAGGCGGCACGUUCCCACUCUGAGCACUCUGCUGCGGUGUACUGCUACAACUGCUCCCGGAAAGGACAUUUUGGAUAUGAGUGCUCAGAAAAGCGCAUGCGUGGAAGUAUGUUCCCUGCUUCUCCAUUCAUCCACUACUAUGAUGAUGAAUGCGAUCUCAAGAGGAGAGCAAACAGAUUAAAAAGAAAGAUUGCAGAACUGCAAGAAGCUGGCCUUCUGCCAGUACAGCCAGAGACACCACGGCAGGAGGAAAAACAUGGAGGACAUGGCUGCAAGAAGCAGCCCUGGGAGGAGCACAGUAAACGUAACAAAGAUGAGUAUCGCAAGAAGAAGAAGGCAUCAUCCCAGGCAGACAAGCAGAGAGCAAAAAAACACAGAAGUGAUGUUGAAAGGGGCCACGAGGUGGAGGACGACUUCCCUAGAGGGCAUCGUAAGCAGACGUCCAGGGGCAGCAAAAAACAUCACAAGUCUGUUCUCCAGGCACAUAGCAGCAAGAAGGAGUAUGGCCAGCAACUUCUGGAAGCUGCUAAAAGGAAGAAGAAAAGGAAAAAACAGAGAGAUGCGAGUCCUGAUAUCAGUGAGAAUUUAUUCCUCAUAAAACAGAGGAGGAAAAAAUCUAAACAGAAAUCCUUCAGCUGGUGAGGAGGUAGAUGGGUAGCACUGACAGUUGCUGGCCCUGGCUCUGCCUGUUUUUUGUUUUUGUCACUCCUUACACAGCGAAUCAGAGUACGUCCCUGACUCUGGGUGGGCAUGCCCAGGCCCCAGUCACAGAGAAGCAUCCCUCUGUACUUCCAAAAGAGAUGCUUUUUCUGCUGUGGGCUAUUCACUUGGCAGGGAGAUUUUAAUAUUUGUGUCUGGAAUUAUUGCACUUUUUCAGCAGUCCUAGUGUAAGUUUGCUGUAUUUGCUUGUAAUGUGAGGGGCUGGGCUGGGGAAAGCCCAUGCUGCUUUGGGUAGGAUUUAUUUCCUUGCUGGUGAGAUGUAGCUCUGAUAGCAGGAUCUUGGCACAGUGCUUCCUGCUGGCACUGAAGGGAAGCUUUCACAUUUCUAGGAGCUGGGGUUGAUGUGCGGAGAUCUGCGUGUUCCCAUCAGCCACUCCUGGGGUGCAGUUCUGUCCUUUCUGGAAGGUGCUGUGCAGGUGUUGCUUUACACAUGGGGAAGUGACAGUCUCCUACCUCGCUCUGCAAUGUAGGUCCACCACCAUCAGUGCCACAGCACUGGGUGCCAAGCACGAGCAAGCUCUGACUGGCUGCAUUCCAUGUCUCUGCUGACUGGUUAGAACAGCAGGAGAAGGCAGCUGAGAAGAUAUAGCGGAGUUUACAUCACAUUAAAUAUGUCCCUGUUCCUCUUGGUGUGGGAUUUGUGUCUGCAGAAAUGUUAGAGCAUGAAAAGUGUAUUUGAUUCCAGACAUAAUGUGCUAAAAUUUAAUAAUUAAAUGUAUUUGUAAGACAGUUAUUUUUGUACUCUGGAAUUGAACAGUUACGUUGUUUAAAGUUUUGUAACAACAAAUGCUUGACCAAAUAAAUAAUCCAAAUAAAAAUUUACAUGAGGGAUUUCCAGAA